CGGGGAAAAUGGCGGACGCAGGGCUGCAGGGACGAGGUGGCGCCCGCCGCCCCGCUCCCGUCGCCUGCGUGUAAACAUCACCGCUCCCUCCCCGCCCACCAUCCGCUCCUUCUCAGCGCCGACUGUGAACCGCUUCCACCUCCCCCAUUACCUCACACCAAUAAAAUUGGUUUUCUCCGUACAGCCCAUGCCCUGGCUAUUCAGCAACACACACACGUUGAAUGGGGGUACGAGGGAAAUAGCGGAGGCCGGGGGUUUGAGACUCCAGCUGCUGCCGUUUCCCACACCACUCCCCAACGUUGAAUGUCAUUCACUGCUAGUCAGAGUGAUGGUCGUUAAUAUGUCCCUUGAUGGAAGGACAAUGAUGAGUUGCUGCUGCUGACGACUGGACAGUCUGUGCAGACAGGUUUCAGACAGAACUCAGGGGUGCUGCAGCAGGUUUCUGUCGUGGGCUGAACCAAAUACUUAACGAAAACUUGGGGAUAACACAGUAUGGGGAGCUGGAGGAACACAGCAGGCCAGGCAGCAUCAGAGGACCAAGAAAGUUUUGGAAAUUUAGCAGCUGUAAAGGAAUCAUGGGCUAAAUGUGUGCAAGCCCAUUGACACGAUGGGAACGGCAUCUUCGCUGAUUGGCCCAAAUGAAGUCAUUGAAGACACAGAUGGUGGCGGAGGGGAGGCUUGCGAGAUCCCAGUGGAGUUCAAACCAAAGGCCAGACUGUUGCGUAGCUCCUUCAGACGGGGUCCCCGGGUAAUUGGUGCAAGCUUUAAAUCAACAGCUUCAGUUGACCUUGAGUGUGCUGCGGAAUAUGAGCGGCUCAAGAAAGAAUAUGAAAUCUUUCGUGUCAGUAAAAAUAAUGAGAUUGCCUCCAUGCAGAAAAAGGAAACCAAACUUGACAAGGAAAAUAAAAGGUUGAGGGCAGAGCUUCAGGCUCUCCAGAAAACCUACCAGAAGAUACUCCGAGAGAAAGAAAGUGCCCUUGAGGCAAAAUACCAGGCCAUGGAGAGAGCUGCCACAUUUGAGCAUGACAGGGAUAAAGUAAAAAGGCAGUUCAAGAUUUUCAGGGAAACGAAGGAGAAGGAGAUUCAAGAUCUAUUACGAGCCAAACGCGAGUUAGAAACGAAAUUUCAGAGACUGCAGGCUCAGGGUGUUCAAAUGUUUGAUCUAGUUGAUUCUGACUCAGAUGAUAAUCAUACUGAUGUUACAGCCACAGGCACUCAGUGUGAAUACUGGAGUGGUGGGGUCCUGGGAAGUGAACCAUCUUUGGGCAGCAUGAUACAGCUCCAGCAGACAUUCCGAGGCCCAGAGCUUGCACAUAGUUCCAUAGAUGUUGAAGGACCAUUUGCCAAUGUUAAUCGAGAUGACUGGGAUGCUGCUAUGGCUAGCUUGCUGCAGGUGACACCAUUUCUUCCUCAGACCCUUUGGAGCAAUACAGUGCGCUGUUAUCUCAUGAAUACUGCAACCACACAGCCCGAAGUAGACUUGCUUCUUCAAGAGUAUUUACCAAAGCUGCAAAUGAUGUGCGAGAGUCUCGGGCACUUUUUUCUUACAGUACAGUUCCCAAUGGAAUGUGCCAGUCAGUACCUAGCUGAGAGGAGACGAGAGAUAGAGAAAAGUUCCUUGUGUCUUUUUCUUCUGGGUUCUGAUUUACCUCGGUGCAUGGAAGAGGACUGUGAAGAAAGUCUCCUGAAGAAUGCUGACAGUAGACCAUUGAUAAUAUACCACAGAUUGGAGGAGAGCGGUGAGAAUUCAGAUUUAGUACUCCAGAUGAUUGGCAGACUGUCUGAUGCAAAUCAGAACCAAAAAGCAAAGAUAAUUGAGCAUGAUGGAUGUGCAGAGGAGGGAGCGAGGAAAGUGUUUUCCCAAGUAGAAAAACUCAUUAAACAGGAAUUGCUGGGUUGGGGAAGCACAGAUCUUGAAAACAAAGAUUCUGGAAUUGAGGAUGAUUCCACCAACUGGGAAGAGGAGGACAUUGAUGAUGCAAUUUGGGAUACGCACGAUGAGCAGGAGCAGUUAGAAGCUUUUCAAGCAGCUGUAGGAUCCACCUGUGAAUUGGGAUUUGAGAAGUAUUAUGACCGGCUGAAUGAGCUGGUGACAGCUCCUGCACCUAUUCCUCCACUUCUUGUGUCAGGUGGUCCAGGCUCUGGCAAAUCACUUUUGCUGUCUAAAUGGAUUGAACACCAGCAAAAAUGUUCCCCAAACACCUUAAUUUUAUAUCACUUUGUGGGAAGGCCCCUGUCUACCAGCUCGGACCCAGCUCUAAUAAUAAAACGACUGACUGUAAAGCUGUUGCAGCAUUCGUGGUCCAUGUCUGCCCUCGCCCUGGAUCCAAAUAAGUUACUGGAAGAGUUUCCUCGAUGGCUGGAGAAACUAUCUGCACGCCGCCAAGGCAGUGUUAUCAUAAUUAUUGAUUCCAUUGACCAGAUUGAGCAAGCUGAACGGCACAUGAAAUGGCUGAUUGAUCCAUUGCCUGUCAACGUAAGGGUGAUUGUUUCUGUAAAUGUGGAAACUUGUCCCCAAGCAUGGAGAUUGUGGCCAACACUACAUCUUGAUCCACUGAGCCCAAAAGAUGUCAAGACUCUGAUCAAUUUGCAGUGCUGUGAUGCUGACGUGAAACUGACUAGAGAGCAGGAGAAGAAGCUGGAGAAACAUUGCAGAUCUGCGACUACAUGCAAUGCACUGUAUGUUACACUACUGGGCAAAAUGAUUACAAGCGUCAAAGGUCUGGGAGAUAUAGACGAUAUUCUCCAGAAAUGUUUCCAGUGUCAGGAUACAGUGUCUUUGUACAGACUUGUGCUGCAAUCUAUACAACAAUCUUUGCCUAUUGACAGGGCAAAGCAGCUAAUGAGAGAGAUUCUCUGUCUAAUCUAUGUGAGUCACAAUGGUGUUAGUGAAGGUGAACUAUUGGAGAUUUGCCCAGAACUUUCUUGGCCUUUAUUAGCCUCUCUUCUUCAUAGCUUGCAGUGCACAUGUGUGAUAAUGUACAGCUGUGGACUGCUGAAGUUUCAGCAUCUUCAGGCUUGGGAAGCAGUGAGAUUGCAAUAUAUGGAGAAAGAAGAGCCUGACACUAUUACAGUGUACAGAGAAAAGCUUGUGCAAUAUUUUUCACAUCAAAUGAGUCAGGGCAGAGUAACCUGGCGUGAUGCUGAUGAACUUCCCUGGCUCUUCCAGCAACAGGGAGACAAACAGAAACUGCACAAUUGUCUGUUGAACCUCUUUGUCUCUCAGAACCUUUACAAGAGGGGCCAUUUUGCAGAGCUGCUUUCUUACUGGCAAUAUGUGGGAAUGGAUAAAAGUUCUAUGGCUGCUGCUUACUUUGAGUCUUUAAAGCAGUAUGAAAAAAAGUGUGAAGGCGAGGAUAUGGUCACCCGUUUGGCAGAUCUCUAUGAAACAUUAGGGCGCUUUUUGAAAGACUUGGGCCUACUGAGUCAGGCUGUAGCACCCUUGCAGCGUUCUCUGGAGAUCCGAGAGAGUGCAUUGGACCCUGAUCACCCCAGUGUGGCUCAGUCCUUGCACCAGUUGGCUGGUGUGUAUGUGCAGUGGAAGAAGUUUGGAAAUGCAGAGCAGCUGUACAAGCAGGCACUAGAAAUCAGUGAAAAUGCCCACGGUUCGGUUCAUCCCCGGGUGGCUCAGGAGCUGGAUGCUCUAGCAAUGCUUUAUCAGAAACAAAAUAAGUAUGAACAAGUGGAGCCAUUAAGAAAAAGGUCCAUGAAGAUCCGACAGAAGGUUUCCAGACAGAAAGGAAACAUGCAUGGUUUUGCUGUUCUGCGCCGCCGGGUUCUGCAGUUGGAGGAGCUUACACUUGGGACCGAGUCAGCGGACACUGCUCGGAUACUGAAUGAACUGGGAGUUCUUUACUAUCUUCAAAACAACAUUGAGACAGCUGAAAUCUUCUUUAAACGUUCAUUGGAAAUGAGGGAGCGGACUCUUGGUUGUGACCAUCCUGACUGUGCACAGUCCUUGAAUAACCUGGCAGCUUUGUACAAUGAGAAGAAGGAGCAUGAAAAAGCUGAGGAGCUGUAUGAGAGAGCACUGGAUAUUCGCCGUAUAGCCUUGGCACCUGAUCAUCCCUCCGUGGCCUACACUGUGAAACACCUGGCAGUGUUGUAUAAAAAGCAAGGAAAAUUGGACAAGGCUGUUCCUUUAUGUCAGUUGGCAGUUGAAAUUCGUCAGAAAUCUUUUGGCCCGAAGCACCCAAGUGUGGCAACCGCCCUGGUGAAUUUGGGUGUUCUGUACUGUCAGUUGAAAAAGCACACUGAAGCUUUACCACUGUAUGAACGUGCUCUGAAAAUCUAUGAGGACAGCUUGGGUCGUUGUCAUCCCAGAGUGGGAGAGACACUAAAGAAUUUAGCGGUGCUAAGUUAUGAGGAGGCCAAUUUUGAAAAGGCUGCUGAGCUAUACAAAAGGGCAAUGGAUAUUAAGGAAGCUGAGGCCUCAGUGCUUGGUGGAAAAGCCCUAUCAAGACAUUCAUCCACUGGAGACACUUUCAGUUUAAGAAAUGCGCUGGCUUCCAAUCCCUACCUGGAAAUGGGAUACAGGUGACUCAUGGAUAGAAAUGGACAGCAGAAGCUGUAAAUAUGAAAAACAUUGGGAGAAAGUGAUAUUUUUAUUUCUGUUUUUACAGCUGCCUUGGUCACAAUAUGCUGUGUUAAGUCUAAAAUUGAGUUAUAUUUAAAUUGACAGUGGAUAUUUUCUAAGAAACUGAAGUAAUCAUGUUAGGAGAUACAGGUAACAUAAAGAAAUUUAUCAGAAAGAGAAAUUAGGUUCAAGCAAUAAAGCCCUGACAAUGGAAAGCAAAGUCCUUUCAGCCAGUGAUAGUAGGAACUGCAGAUGCUGGAGAGUCUGAUAUAACAAGGUGUAGAGCUGGAUGAACA